GGAACUCGUUGGCGGAGCGAUUCGCUCGCGUGCGACGGCCGCCGCCUAUCGUGGAAGGGCGCCAGGGCGCACGCGCGAGAGAGGCGGUGGCUCUUCGGCACGCGGCGGAAUCCUAAAGCUGAGAGAUCGCGGCGCUACUCCCUCGCUCGGUCACCAUGGCUGACCAACUGACCGAGGAGCAGAUUGCAGAGUUCAAGGAAGCUUUCUCUCUCUUCGACAAAGAUGGUGAUGGCACCAUCACCACCAAGGAGCUGGGCACCGUGAUGCGCUCCCUGGGUCAGAACCCCACCGAGGCAGAGUUGCAAGACAUGAUCAACGAAGUGGAUGCAGAUGGGAAUGGCACAAUUGAUUUCCCAGAAUUCCUCACCAUGAUGGCCCGGAAAAUGAAAGACACAGAUAGUGAGGAAGAGAUCCGUGAAGCCUUCCGGGUUUUUGACAAGGAUGGCAAUGGGUACAUUAGCUCUGCCGAGCUGCGCCACGUGAUGACCAACCUCGGCGAGAAGCUGACGGACGAGGAGGUGGACGAAAUGAUCCGAGAAGCCGAUGUAGACGGAGACGGACAAGUCAAUUACGAAGAGUUUGUACAGAUGAUGACCGCCAAAUAAGACAAGCCGCUGCCUCUCUUCCCCCCCGCCCACCCCCCACCCAUUCAGGAUGGAAGGAUGGCCUGCUCCCCCCCACCGGGAUCCUAUCCAGACCCCACCUGUCUGUCUGUGUACGACUCCUGCCCCAUCUGUGCUUUAGCAGUUUGUGGCUGUUCCCUGCUUGGCCUCCCUUUUCCCCCCCCCUCCUCAUGUCCCAGGCCGGGGGCGGUGGUGACUGGGACUGUGCCUCAAAGCCCUCGUGGAGAGCGAUGGGGCCAGAAGCUCGGAGCCUGGAAUGCCUUGGACAUGAGGUGGGUGGGAAGGGGAGGCUGCCCCCCGCCCCCUCCCUUGGUUCAGCCCCUGCCUUGCAACCCACGGUCUUCCCUGACCCCCCCCCUCCCUCUUCUGCCUUCACGGACUGUUCUGUUCUCGUAUGCAGCAGCCUCCUUGCAUACUUACGGCCCGCCAUCUACCUUUGUCUUCCUAGGACUAUCUGCAUAUCUUGGAUAUAUUGUCAUUCUUAAAUCAAUACCAUCCCUCUCCCCCCCCCCCCCGCAUCCCCACCCUCCAGACCCCUUCCAUAGCUUCAGGGAAUGCUUCUCUUCCAUUCCAGUCGAUGUAAGAUUUCUUUAUAUUUUUAUUUCUUUUUCCUGGUUUGGUUCUUCUUUUCAAUAAACUUUGCGUUUCAAAACUG